GUCCCGCCCCGUCCCGCCCCGUCCCAACACAGCAGCCCCCGGCAGAGGGACCCGGGGAGCGGCCGGGGGUCCCGGGUCGGGCCGCACCGCCCCCGGGCGGGGCUGGGAUCGGGUUUCACAUCCUGCCCCGCUCGCGGGCAGAGCGGCCAUGGCGGAGAGCUCAGACUGGGUGGAGAUCAUCGAGCCCCGCUCCCAGGAGCGGAUGUAUGUGAACCUCACCACCGGGGAGUGCAGCUGGGAGCCCCCUCCCAACCUGAAGGUGCGCCAGUCAGACCAGAAGCAGUGGUGGGAACUCUUCGACCAGAACAACAACCGUUUCUACUACUACAAUGCCAUCACGCGGCAGACAGUGUGGCACCGGCCCCAGGGCUGUGACAUUGUGCCCUUGGCACAGCUCCAGGCCAUGAAGGGCAGCUCCCAGCCUGACUGCUGUGGCCAGGAGCACCGAGGCAGCACUGGCAGUGGUGGCAGAAGCACCCCCAUCCAAAUGGCUGUCUUGCAGGAGAUGGAGAAGGGCAAGUGGAACAGUGCAGCAGAGAAGAGGAAAGAUCCUGCCAGGGAGACUCCUACCCACUGGCAGCCUCUGCCAGGCACGAAAGCAUCCAUGUUGGUCAAAGUGAACAGUUUGAGGCAGAUGCAGAACUUUUCAAACAGUUCUCUUCAGCUGCAGGGUACUCCAAAGCCCAACAGCCCAAAAUCUCUUCCCAAACCUGCUAUAUAUGCUCAGCCUCAAUCCAAAUCCCAGAGCUCUGGAGCCACAAAGCAAAUGCCUGCUGGAGAAACAAAGCAGUCUAUGCAGAUCAAAAAGACGGAGAGUGGUGGGUUUUGCCUGGUGAUGAUGAAUGGUCCUACUUCUCAAACGCCUCCAGGAAGCCGGACAGGAACCCCCCAGCCUGCAUCCCCCACAUAUGCUUCUCCUGCACCUAUAUAUGAUGAGCCAUCUUUAGAGUUGCCAAUUUACGAUGAGCCACCAGUAGAUAUGGACACCGAAAGUAUUUGUGUGAGUGGGAUGUCUCCACCAAGGUCACCAAGCAAUAGCUUAAGAAAGCAGCUGCAACCAGCCAAAUUAUUGCAGCAUCCCAGUAUGCAACAACAGCAAGCUGCAAAGAAGCAUGCAAGAAAUCCCUCUUCCACUGAGUACAGCCCAGCUGGCAGAGAAUACAUAAAACAUAUGGUAAAUGUUGACCAACCUGUCAAACUCUCCCACUCUUCUGCUGCAACAACGGAUACCUCCACUAAACUGCCUGGUCACCUUGCUUCAAAGGACAGCUUCAAGGAGUCUUGGAGAAUCUUGGAAGCCAAUGUCCUCAAGAAUAUGGAACUCCACCACAGUCGGCAAAACAGCCUGCAGACUCAAGAGUACCCAACUGGCCAUCAGGAUUCUGGUUAUUCAACUGGCCCUUCUCCAAGCUUGAGAAAAAGGAAAGGAAGAAGGCAAGCAACAGGUCAAGCAAGACCUGGCUCUGUGGGCAGCAGCAGUGAGCUCACAGCUCUGAAUGAUAAAGUGAUCGCUGAGAUGCGUGCUGUGGUGGGCAGGUCAGCAGCUUGCAGGGGAAGCAAAGCCAGCCUGGAUGCUGAGAGUCUGGAGACCGGUGUUCCAGCAGAGAGCAGCAAGGUCAGGUUUCAGUCUGACCACUUGAAAAAAUGCAUCAACCAAAGCUCCAGGGAUGAUGUCACAGCCAGCAACAAGUCUCUGUACAGACAGGACCUGGAGGUUAGGGAAUUCUUUCCCAGCAGUGUGGCUGCUCCACAGGAUACAAUGAGGCAGAAGAGAACUUUUGAGAAAAUAGAUUCUUUAGAAAAGAAUGUCACCAGCCAGACAAGCUUGGCUUCAUCAGGUGCCACACGCCAUUCCUCACAGCCUGAGACCAUAGAGCUGGAGCCCAAGCAGGAGGGCAGUAGCCAGCAUGGUGGCUGUGUGGGGUGCCAUUUCCCUUACAACACCCUACGAAAGCCCAUCUCUCAGAGCAGCAUGGCGGAUUGGGCUUCCAAAAACCUGAACAUGCACACGCAAGGCAUCUUCCGACGAAGGAUCUCCAUCUCCAACAUGCUGUCCUGGAAUGGCGGCUCCAUUAAAAAGCCAAUGCUCAUCACUAGCAACCGGACCAUCAAAAAAGAGGCAUGUGAGAUGUUCAAACUGGUGCAGAACUACAUGGGAGAUCGUCAGACUCGCAUGGACCGCAAUCACGUGGCAUUGGUCACAGUCACCAAGUGCUGGAGCAUGCAAGGCUUACGGGAUGAGCUCUACAUACAGCUGAUCCGGCAGACAACAGAUAACAUGUGCUACCGAAGCCUGGCAUGGGGCUGGGAAUUGAUGGCCAUCAGUCUGGCCUUUUUUUCCCCAUCACCCAAAUUUCAGUCUUACCUGGAAGGUUACAUUUACCGCCACCUUGACAGUGAUGAAAAGAUUGCCCAGCACAUCAAGGAGCUUGUGGAUCUGAAAAACAAGAAGAUCACAAAAUCCAGGAAAAAGAGGAAACAAAACACAGAGGAUGAAGGUCUGCCCAUUAGCACCUACGCCAAGUACUGCUACCGGAAGCUCCAUAAAGUAGCUGUCACUGGAGGCAAAAAGGGCCUCCGUAAACCAACAGUGGAAGAGAUAACACAUGCCAGGAAUGCCAUCCUGACACCGUCACUCUUCGGCAGCUCCCUGGAGGAAAUCAUGCUGCGGCAGCAGGACAUGUACCCAGGGAACAAGCUGCCCUGGGUGCAGACACAGCUAUCACAGCAGGUCCUGGCCCUGGGAGGGGAGCAGACUGAGGGGAUUUUCAGGAUACCUGGUGACAUAGAUGAAGUCAAUGCAUUGAAAUUGCAGGUGGAUCAGUGGAGAAUCCCAAACAAUCUCAGUGACCCCAACAUACCAGCCUCUCUCCUCAAGCUCUGGUAUCGGGAGCUGGAGGAGCCUGUGAUCCCCCAGCAGUUCUACAAAGAGUGUAUCAGCAACUAUGAGAACCCUGACGCUGCUGUGGCUGUGGUGCAGCUUUUGCCGGAGCUCAACAGACUGGUGCUGUGUUACCUCAUACACUUCCUGCAGAUCUUUGCUCAGCCAUCAAAUGUGGGCAGAACAAAGAUGGAUGUGAAUAACCUGGCCAUGGUGAUGGCCCCCAACUGCUUGCGCUGCCAGUCCGACGACCCCCGCGUUAUCUUUGAGAACACACGCAAAGAAAUGUCUUUUCUCCGCAUGCUGAUAGUACACUUGGACACGAGUUUCAUCAAAGGGCUGGUUUGAGCCACUGGCCCCAUAGUGCAAAAUAUUCCUCUGAGGAGUUGCUGGAUUAAGUCUUCUCCUCUCCACAUAGGUUUCUUCUAUUGUCCUUCCUGUUGUCAUACCCUGGGUUAGCCCUUCAGCAUCUCCCAAUAUAUGAUCAUAAGGACUGGACAUCUCUGGAAGGCUUGGUUCUGUCAGCACCAGGAAAUCCUUGGGCAUGCCAGGUCAGGUUUAGCAGUUCCUGGCCUUUUAGUGUGUUUCAGAGAGGUGCAGUCCUCUUCCUGAGAGCCACAAGAUUGGGUGCUCAGUGAAAGGGCUGUGACAUGUGUGUGGAACUGCUACAUGGGGCAGUGAGACUCUCCAUUUCUCUUCUGGAGGCAGACUUGGCUUGAGGUAGGAGAACAUCACUCCUGUGCUGUGGCAUGAUCUGGUCCGAGGGAAGGUGCUGCCUCAUCAGGAAUAAUCCUACUACUAUGGGGACAGCCUUGUUCACCUCUGCAGACUGUUGGCUGGAGGUGUCAGGGUUGUUCUGACAUCCCACAAUGCUGUUGGUAGAGGGCUGUGAAGGUGCGGAGGUUCAAGAACUGUAGAGCUGUGCAGCAGCAUGUGAGCCCAGCCCUGUGCUAAGUACCCACCCACACCAUGGCACAGCAGGAAGGCCACACACCUGACAACAAACAGUUAAAUAAUCGCUUUGGCAUCCUCUUAAUGAGGGCCGUAUCUUCUGGAGCAGUGACCCCAGUGGCCUUGCAGCUCCUUACAGACAGCAUGAGCUGACACCAGCUUUGCUGAGGAGCACCUGAGCCCAUGCUCAGAGAAGCCUUCACAGCUCCAGCUUCUUGCACCCCCCUUCCUAAUACCACAUCCUUCCCAGACCACUCUGCUAGAAACUAAAUACCAGUUUGACCCACUCUUCUGGUUCAGCCCAGGUCUAAAGAAAGCCCCCAAGAGUCAGAAGUGCUCCUGUGCUCAAGGACACCCUUCCAGGCAAAGCAGCAGAAGUGCUAUGUGCUUGAGAAAUGCUGGUACUGCCUGUAGUCAGCUGUGGUAUCUGUGCUCUUUCUUUGAGGUGUUUUCCUUGCUGGAGGCAGGUCUGCUGCAAAAAAGUGUGUUUUGGGAUUACUGAUGCAGUGCUAAGUCUGCCAGUAUCAUGCAAGGUUGCAUCUGUCUUUCUGUAUCCCCCUCCCAUUCCAGUAGGGACCUGGGAUCAUUCUCUCCAGACUGCGGUGGCGAGCUGAGCUCUGCUGACAGUGAGGUUUAGAGCUGAUGCCUGAAUCAGUACCAGCGUGGGUGUGAGGUGCCAUGUGCAGUCUUUCUGAGAGGGUUCCAAGAGCCUAUGUUCAGAUGAAUUUGAAUGAACUCCAUAGCAGGAAUUCAAUUUGUGCCCACCUGAAUAAAGGUUCCUCGUACCAGAUGAUUCUGUGGUCCUGUGGCCAGGAAAUCUUUCUCCCUUGUCAAGAUUAGCUUUGCCAAGCGUGCCCACAAAAUGUGCCAGCAUCUGUUCAAUGUACACACCCAUCUUCAUGCUUUGAUGCCACUCAGCUUGCUCUGUCCUUCUGUAGUGCUGAACAACUUGUUCUUCAGAUGUGGAGCUACUGCCCCAGAAGUGUAGAGACAGGCAGAGGUUACCAGCUCUGACAUACUGUCUUGAGAUUUGAAUCGCUGAACAAGCUCAGGCUGUCCUGUUCCCUGCCAAGGGCUGGAGCAGCCAUGUGGGACCUGCCCUCCUCUUCGGGCUGCAAGUGCCUGUGUCUGUGUCAGGCUUUGCCUGCAGCCACUGCAGUGGUGAUCCAUGUUACUUCUUGCACUCAACCAGUGGCAGUCAAUCAAACCUUAGGCAUUUGCUGCUAAUAAAAGUGAAUUAUUCUGGCAAGGGUUGUAAAACAUGCUCGUAAAAGACACUGGAUAUUGUCUUUGCCAACAGAUUUGUAAAUACCAAUCAGUAAAGUAGCUUUUCCUCUGUUCUAAUAGUAAUAAAUACAAUCUUCAUGGCUGUAUCUUUUGCGAAUUGUCUUUCUUGUGAAUUUCUGCAGCAUGAUUACAUCUGCAUGGGGCUGCACAUUUCAACCUUAAUGUCAGUGCUCUCUAGUAAGAUUUGAGAAUCAGCAUGAAGUAAGCACUUGGAAAGCAUGCUUUGGGCUGGUUCUGUUGUUCUUAAUUCUCAGGCAGCUACCAAAGGACACUUAAUGAAUCUUGGAAGAGAAUGGGUUGAAACAGGUAAAAGACAAUACUGCUUUACACAUAUCUU